AUGACGAGCCCAAUAAAAGAAAGCAGUGUCUGCUCUGAUUCAACAGUAUCGUCUCUUUUAACAAACUACAGCAUUCACAGCAAUAAUCCAUACUCGGACACCUUGAUUUGCUACAAGGACAAGGUUUACAGCUCUGCAUCUGAGGCUUUGGAGGCUUAUAUUGAAGAUUUCGACUUAAGUCUCACAUUUUCAGAAAGAAGCACUGGAAAAAUCUGCAUAUGGCAAAGCACUCCCAAAAAAGUGAAGUUUCCAAAGCACCGUGCUAAAGAAAAACAUGGUAUGUUUCUGCAAAUGUGGUGUUUAAUAAGCUUUGCACUGAAUUAUUUGAAUCAGCCUGUAGGACUGGGUUCUCUUGCUUUGCCCUCUAGAAGGCAGAGUGAGUGUGACCCAGACUCGGUCAGCCUUGCGACAGAUGAUCUGUUGGCAUUUCCAGCAGAUGGAUCUCUGCCCUUGGUCCAGCAUGCUCCUUUUAAAUCAAGCCUUCAAAGUAGUGAGUGGAACAGACUAUCCCUUAAAACAUCUUUCUGCCCUUACCAAACCUCAGCACUCGAUGCUGAAAGCGGUUUCAGUCUCCAGGAGGAUGGCAAAGCUGUUGCUCACCAGAAUCCACACAAAGACUUCAGCAGAAAGAAACACGGUGUGUCUACGCCCGAGAGGUACCAUUCUGUCUCCUCUAAAGGAAGCUCGAGACCCUUGUCUUUUGGAGAGAAGUCUAACACUUUUCCUCUUAAAAAUUAUCCAAGGUGGCUUACCAGCCAGAAGUCUGACUUAAGUGUCUCGGGGAUAAGUAGUAUUCCCAAUUCUCACUACCCGCUCUGGCUUAAGAGCUACAACCUUUUUUCUGAAAGGAGUGGUCAAAAUCUUAAUAUACGAGGCACAGCUUCCCCUUCACAAGCUUUUGAGAUCCUGGAGAAAAGACACUCUGUAAAUCAGGACAGUCCUAAUUUUUUGGAACAACUUGGUUGUCAGGAUGCGAGAGAUGAUAACCUAGAAGGAAGUUGCAACGAUGACAGCCCGGCUGCACGCUUCCAGUUUGAUAACUCGUUUUCAAGACACACCAAAAAGCUGUUUGGAGAAGACCAGUUUGAGCUACUUACCUUGAAGGCUGCCAGAGGUCUGGAGAGUUCAGCUGAAGAUCUGGCAAAUAAUCUGGAAAAUGAUGGCAGCCCUUCUACAACAGAUAUACUAGGAGCAGAAAGAUCAUGGGAAAAUGCUCCAGGUGCUUUCAAACCACCAGUGCCUGUGUACUGUGAGGACAUGGAGAAUGCUCUACCGUCCCCGAAGGCAGAUAUCAUCCAUAAGUUCUUGGAAGACUGUUUAAAUGACAAAAAUAAGGAAAAUGCUUGUUCUGGUGGUCAGCAUCACAGACCCCUUGAAGACUUAAAGCUGAUGUUGUUUAAACUUCAAGCAAUUCAGGGAAGUUUAAGCCAGCAUGAAACAGCUGAGCAACAGGAAGAGUUUGAAAAACUUUCUGAAAAAGCAGAGGCUGAAUUGAAACUGUGUGACAGUGAAAUGAUCCCUCUUACUAACUCUAUUCGGAAGGCAUUACACCAUUUGUCCCGUCUUAAAAGUCUUGUUGAAGAUAAUGGUGACCAACAAGAGCAGCCUGAUGAUGGUGAAGAUAAACAAGAAAAAACCCCUGAUCUAUGA